AUGAAAAUUACCAUAAAAAUUGGUAAAUAUUUUGCUUUUAUUACAGUUGUUUCAUUAUUACUUGGAACAACAAAUGGUUGCUUUUUAAAUUCUUGCCCUUUUAGAAGAUACGGUAGGAAUGUUCAAUGUGAUAUUUGUGAUGGUAUUGAAAAUGGUUUAUGUGCUUUAGAAGGUUUAUGUUGUAAUUCCAAUAGAUGUGUAACUGAUAAAGAAUGUUUAAACAAAAAUAUUUGCUUAAAUAAUCAAUGUUUGAUUGAUGAUAUACCAGGUGUAUGUGUUUUUUCCGGUCUAUGUUGUAGUCAUGGUAUUUGUAAGGUAGUUCAGGAAUGUUUUGACGAGGAAAGAAAAAAAAAUUUACGAUUUGUCAAAAGUAGAAUUGAAUUUGUUUUUCCAUCAAAAUAA